ACAUAACCAGCUACUUAAACUAUAUUGUGGUAUUUCACGAAAAAGAUGCUGCUCAAGGCAUCCUAUAUCUUCCCCGAUGUGGCAUGUUUCUCUGCACAGCCAGCUAGCUCGCGGUCAUUACAAGAUGCGAGAAACUGGAGCCCUAUAAGCAGAAAGGGGUUCAGCCGUUCUAUUAUGAAGUGCACUUACCAGCAGCCUGGGUCACUUACAUGUAAUGCUUCGAACAAGGGCAGUUUUCGCUGGGCGAAGGAUGCAACUUGUCCUUCAAUGACCUCAAAGCACAUCCUCCCUGAUGACAAAAGGCCAAUGCUUGCGGAUGUAUCGGGUUGCUGUAUUCCAGUCAUUGACAUGGACGCACCAUCUAAUGUUGUUAUACAAAGUAUAGCAAGUGCAUGCGAGGAAUAUGGCUUUUUUCAUGUCAUAAAUCACAAAAUUCCACAGGAAUUAUGUCAUAGCAUGUUGGAAGCUGUUUUGGAUUUGUUCCAUUUGCCUCCAGAGGAAAAAUCUCUGCUUUACUCGGACGAUUUGAACAGGGAUGUGAGAAUUUGUCAUCAUUUUCGUAAGCAUCAAACAAGCGCAGAAAAAAUCCCAAUGUGGAGCGAAGUCUUCAAGCAUUCAUGGCAUCCUCAUGACGAUUUCACCCAAGCUCUGCCAAUGAAUCCUCCUCAGUAUCGAGAGGCUAUACAUCUAUACGCGAAGCAUGUGGGUAACUUGAUGACCUCACUUAUGGGUUUCAUGUCCCAAGGGCUUGGGUUGGGCGCAGAUUGUCUUACUAAUAGAAUUGGUGAAAAUCCGACAUACAGGGUUCAAGCAAACUACUACCCUCCAUGUCCAAGUCCAGAGCUCACCUUGGGGUUGGGCGUACAUACCGAUAGGGAUGCCCUCACUGUUAUCCUUCCUACACCGGAAGUGCAAGGGCUUCAAGUCAUGAAAGAUGACAAAUGGAUCAUGGUAGAUCCGAUUCCGGGUGCACUUGUUGUAAAUUUGGGGGACCAACUGCAGGUACUGAGUAAUGGCAAGUACAAAAGUGUGCUCCACAGAGCCAUUACCAACAACUCAAAGAGUAGAGUUUCGCUAGCGAUGUUCUAUGGCCCGAGCAAAGACACCAUAAUUGGACCCAUUGAAGAUUUGGUUGAUGAUAACCAUCCUCGGAAGUAUCGAAGCUAUCGGUUCUCAGAAUUCAUUGAUGAAUUUCGUAGACAAGCAGGUAACAACAGGAUAAUCAAGGAGGCUUUUGAGGUAAGUGGAUGAAGAGGGGCAUGUGCAAUUCAUUCAUGCUUGAUGAGUUAGACCAACUGUAUAUAAACUAUAGAGAAGGGUUAGAUAGUACGGAGUAUAUGACUAAUAUUUUAAUGCAUACAUUUUUGGAACUACCUUACCUUAAGGAAUACUUAUAUCGUAAUUUCAUAACUACCCUUAUUUUUGUACUUAUUACUUAUUCUUAUUAGAAUCAGAUCAAAAAUAGUUUUAAAUAUAACUAUAUUCAGAUCACGCCAGAUCAAAUUAGAACCAAUCAAAUCAGGUGAAAAGA